AGAGCAGCAGCCUCUAGAUGCACUGCAGAGGGCGAUGAAGGUUUGUGUGUCUGUCCCAAGUGUUGACAGCCCCUCCUCCCCCAGAUGAAAAAAUAUCAUCAUUCACUUAACCUCCUACAUUUCGUCUGAUGUCUUUUGCGUGGACAGCUGAUUGAUGUUUUCUGCUCUACGGUCCUCUGAAGAAGCUGGAUGAGUGCGCAAAGUAACUGUGGAAGUUUGGAAGCGGCGCCAUCUUGGCUCCCGCAGCAGCAGCAGCGGCUCUCGAGCGCGUCCCCGGCGCCGCUUUCACAAACGCUCGGCGCGCUGCUCGCACCAGCCAAAGAAGGUGCGAUGGAGGAGCUGCACAGUUUGGACCCGCGCCGGCAGGAGUUGCUGGAGGCCAGAUUUCUGGGCGGAGUCAGUGGCAACACCGUGGGCAGCACCGGCAGCGCAAGUGGAGGACCCAAAACCUUGACAAACAACGAAUGCUCCAAUCACAGUUUCGGCAGUCUGGGUUCCUCCAGCGAUAAAGAGUCAGAAGGAUCAGAUGGGAAACGAGGAAGUUCUCCUGCAUAUUCAACUCCUGAAAAGAAGCACUCUGAAUCAUCACGGGGCAGAAAGAGGAAAGCCGACAUCCAAUCAGAGAGCAGUCAGGGGAAAUCUACAGUUCGGGGACCCAAAAUUAGUGAUUAUUUUGAUUUUCAGGGUGGUAAUGGGUCCAGUCCAGUAAGAGGUCUACCGCCUGUCAUUCGCUCUCCCCAAAACUCACAUUCCCAUUCUACACCAGGAUCCAGUACACGACAAAGUAGCUCAUCACCCACCAGUCUGUGUUUCGGGGACUCUGUGAUUUCCUGUAAACAAAUGGCAGUCAAAAGUGUUCAGACGGAGUUGACAGUGGUCAAAUUGGCCACUAUAGAAAGCAAUAAGAACUUGGACCUGGAGAAGAAAGAGGGCAGGAUAGAUGACUUGUUGAGGGCAAACUGUGAUCUUAGAAGACAGAUUGAUGAACAACAAAAGCUACUAGAAAAAUACAAAGAGCGUUUAAACAAAUGCAUUACCAUGAGCAAGAAACUUUUGAUUGAGAAGAGCACACAGGAGAAGCAGGCGUGUCGAGAGAAGAGCAUGCAGGAUCGACUGCGUUUGGGUCACUUUACCACUGUGAGACAUGGAGCCUCAUUUACAGAACAGUGGACAGACGGCUACGCCUUUCAAAACCUUGUCAAGCAGCAGGAAUGGAUCAUUCAGCAGCGUGAAGAAAUCGAGAGACAGAGGAAACUGUUAGCCAAGAGAAAACCCCCAUCAGCCAGCAGCUCACAGUCGCCCAGCACAAACUCUGAGCCCAAACAACGCAAGACUAAAGCUGUGAAUGGCUCUGAGAAUGACCCGUUCCUCAAGCCAAGCCUUCCUCAGAUGCUGACAUUAGCUGAAUACCAUGAACAAGAGGAGAUCUUCAAACUGAGACUUGGUCAUCUCAAAAAGGAAGAGGCAGAGAUUCAGGCUGAGCUGGAGAGGUUGGAGAGGGUUCGAAACCUUCACAUUCGAGAGCUGAAGAGAAUAAACAACGAAGAUAGUUCACAGUUUAAGGACCACCCCACUCUAAAUGAACGCUAUCUGCUGUUACAUCUCUUGGGCAGAGGAGGUUUCAGCGAGGUGUAUAAGGCAUUUGAUUUAAUCGAGCAACGGUACGCUGCUGUGAAAAUUCAUCAGCUUAACAAAAACUGGAGAGAGGAGAAGAAAGAGAAUUAUCACAAACACGCCUGUCGGGAAUACCGAAUACAUAAACAGUUGGAUCAUCCCAGAAUAGUUAAACUGUAUGAUUACUUUUCACUGGACACGGACACGUUUUGUACAGUUUUGGAAUACUGUGAAGGAAACGAUUUGGAUUUCUACUUGAAACAACACAAGCUGAUGUCUGAGAAAGAAGCUCGCUCUAUUGUUAUGCAGAUUGUUAACGCCUUACGAUACCUGAACGAGAUCAAGCCGCCCAUUAUACACUAUGACCUCAAACCUGGUAAUAUUUUACUGGUAGAUGGGACGGCAUGUGGAGAGAUAAAGAUCACAGAUUUUGGAUUGUCUAAAAUCAUGGAUGAUGAUAACUAUGGAGUAGAUGGAAUGGAUCUGACAUCACAAGGGGCGGGCACUUACUGGUACUUGCCCCCUGAGUGUUUUGUGGUGGGUAAAGAACCUCCAAAGAUCUCUAAUAAGGUGGAUGUGUGGUCUGUUGGGGUCAUAUUUUUCCAGUGCCUCUAUGGAAGAAAGCCAUUCGGCCAUAAUCAGUCCCAACAGGACAUCCUGCAGGAGAACACCAUCCUAAAAGCCACAGAGGUUCAGUUCCCUUCCAAACCAGUUGCCAGCAAUGAAGCCAAGGCAUUUAUUCGUCGUUGUCUAGCCUAUAGGAAAGAAGAUCGUUUUGAUGUGCACCAGCUGGGUAGCGACUCUUACCUGCUACCCCACAUAAGACGGGCCAGUUCAUCGGGAACGCUGGCACCAAACUCCACCUCAUACUGACAUCCUGCACUGAGCGCUCCGACUAAAAGCGCUCCGCCUCACCCUACCCUAGAGCGGGACGGGACCGUUUCCAGUUAGCAAUGAAAUUUCAGAUUGAGGACGUUUGCAUUAUUGUGCUUUUCGCAGCACACAUUAACAAAGCCAAGUGUUUGGAACGAUAAUGAUGAAGAAAAAAUGAAGCAUGGACAUUUUGACACCCAGAGAAUGUUACGAUAAUGUCAUGGAAGAAAAUGCCUUCAGAAGAUUUAAUAGGGCACAGCUACUGUUAAGUACCUUGAAACGUGACUGUUGUCAUUUGGUUUUAUCACACGGUUGCCUCCGAGUUCAAAGUGGAGACUCAAUAAAUUGAUUUCUUGGAAAAGCCUACUUUCAGAGUUACUGUAGCUGACCUGCAACGGUUUCAUUCUUCGCUCUGUAGUCAUCUUAUGUGGUUUCAGACGACAGUGUUAGCUUUCUUUGCUUUGUUCAACUAGCUAUGAGAAUGUAAAUCUAGAAUAAUACAGAGCGGAGUCGGCGUACUAAUGUUAAAUGCACAAAAAUAACCAAAUGUAGACAAACGGCAAUGUACAGAAUCCUAUGCAGGAAGACAUUUCAAGUAUCCACUCUGGAGAAUUCAUGUAUAUUUGUUGUACAGGACCUUAAUUUCAAAUUAACUUUCAACAGAUUCAUUCUGUACAGAGGUUAAACAUUUUUGCCCUUUUUCUUGUAAAUUUGGUUUCCUGGUGUUUUUUGUUUUGUUUUCGCUGCUUUGAUGUUGCUCUUUUUAAACCGCUGUAUAAUGUACUUUGGGUAUAAAUUGUACAGUCCUGUUAAAAGAAUCAUUGAAAAUAAAUGCCAGGAAGCUCAUCUGAA